UUGGUCUUACGGAGUCGGGUGGAGGUCAGCGCCGGCAGCCGAGGGAACAUCAUCGACGUCAACGGGGCAUCGAUUAUUCCAUCUGCUUUGCUGUCAUUCCACCACAUAAUGCAAAAGCAGCAUGAAGCUCUUUGAGAAUGAUGUCGUCUAUAGCUACCCAGCAAUCCAUACCAUCAAUCGCCUCCAUCGAAAAUAUCCUAAUCCAUUCGCAACCCAUGUCUUCUCAGUAGACACCAUAGACAGAUCGGUAGACCCAGAAACAGGUAUUCUGCGGUCAGAGAGGCUCAUCGGGGUUCAGCAAGGCGCACCAAAGUGGGUGACGAAACUCUUCAAUCUCCCCCCUAUGGCUUUCGUGAGAGAAGUGGUCUUUGUAGACCCUUCAAACUCUGCAGCCACAUCCAUGUCUGUAAACCUCAAUCUCGCUCAAUACGUCUCUUGUCUCGAACUCAUCACAUAUACCCCUCACGACGAAAACUCUACCCUGUUCAAGCAACGGGCCAUGCUCAUCUCUGGCUUCCCCACUCGGCUCAUAGCACGAAGAAUAGAGCAGGCGAGCAUUGAUAGAUUUAAGAGUAACGCGGGGAUCGGGAAGCAGGGGUUCGAUUGGGUUUUGGCCCACAAGGGGACGACUGGAGAGCCAGCAGAGGCGCAAAUUUAGAGCUCAAGUGUAUGUAUCAUCAAUUGGGAACAGUAUUGGAUCCGGUAUGGCCGUCUGGCCGUCUGGGUGGCCAACUGCCCGUGUUAAGCG